AUGGCACCUUUUGGUCAGACUAUCGCGGUCAUUGACAAGUCCGGUAAAGUUGUGAGCACAAGUAAGCAACUUUUCGGUGUCUUUAGCCAUGCAAAAAAUGCCUAUCGUGAGCGCAAAGCUGGCUAUCAAUCAGAGCGUAACGCCAAACUCGCAGAGCAGCAAGCCCUCGAAGGACUGGCCCGUUAUCAAAUCGAGGACGCGCCCACGGUAGUCUCAGGACGAAGUCGUGCCAGGUCACGACAUGGAGGCCGCAGUCGUGCUCCAUCCCACUACGACGAUGGACGGACCGUUGUAUCGCGACGAAGUUCACAUUACGGGGAUACCCGAACAAUUGCUCGUCGUCAUACCCACCAUGAUGUCACACUCCGAGAUGAUCCUCGCCCCAUGACGGCUCGGUCGAGAUCCGAUGCGCAUAUUGACAUGGACCUUGCAUACGGGGACGCCUCCCCUGCAGCCCUAUCCAAAUACCCCCCACCCAACCCUCAAAAUGAUCAAAAACAGCUCGAUGGUCUGGUACACCGUGCCCAGUGGCUGCUAGAAGAAGCACACUGUAUGCAACAUGGUGCUACUGCCACUAUCGCCCACCUACAGAAGGAUCCUGAUGCCAUGGCCGCCGUCGCCCUGACGCUAGCAGAGAUCAGCAAUCUCGCGCGCAAGAUGGCGCCUACCGCACUGACCUCAAUGAAAGCAGCCGCGCCAGCCAUUUUCGCGCUCCUAUCCAGCCCUCAGUUCCUCAUUGCUGCGGGUGUAGGCCUGGGUGCCACGGUGGUAAUGUUCGGAGGAUACAAGAUUAUCCAAAGACUUAAAGGUGGUCCUGUCGGGGAAGACGGAACGCCUGCCGAGCCCGAGCCCGAGACCGAAAUUGAGGAAAUGAUGGAAUUCAACACAGAAGCCCUCAGCUCCGUAGAGAUGUGGAGACGCGGCGUCGCAGACCAUCAUGCCGAUAGCGUCGGCACAUCCGUCGAUGGCGAGCUCAUCACUCCCACCGCAGCAACGAUGUCCGGCAUCAACGUGAGCACCGCUCGAGCACGGCGCGAUCCUCGCUUCAAAUUCGACGAGGAAGCUUCGGUCGCUUCGUCGCGCCGCUCUCGUCGUUCGCGAUCAACUCGUGCCCCCACACAGGCACCCCCAGAAAGACACGAACGACGAUCGAGAGCUCCUUCCGAAGCGCCCUCGGGAUUCCUCGGUCGAAGCUCCUCCCGCUCCAGGGCCCCGUCGAAAGCCCCGUCGAAAUCCCCAUCCAAAGCCCCAAGCAGGGCACCCACCAGAGUUCCCAGCAAAGCUCCCAGUCGGGCUCCAUCCAAGGCUGGCACCUUUGUCUCCGAGACCGAAAAACGGCCUAAGGAGAAAAAGAAGGGUCCCAGCCGCUUACGACUCAUGUUUACGUCUUAA